UUUCCCACACAGACAAACACUAUUGCAGAUGCAAACACUUUUCUGCCUCUGAAUAUUCUUCUCUUCCCAAAAUCCCAAUCCCCACUGCUAUGCCGGAAAACUUCUGAUUCCGGCCACCACUACUCUCUCUCUCUCUCUCUCUCUCUCUCUCUCUCUCUCUCUCUCUCUAAUUUCCAAUGGCCACUGUUACUUCUUCUUUCUUUUUCUCUUUAUCGACACUCACUCAAUCUUCGCAGAGGAAACUAACCGUCUCUUCCACUUCAGAUGCUUUUCGCUUCCCCCUGAGUUUCUCGUACCACUAUGUUGGAGUUCGAGCUUCGAAUUCAGCUUCCAAAAUGGUUGUUCGGUGCUCCUCUUCCGUGACAGACCCUCCAACUGUUUCUGAGACAAAGUUAAAUUUUCUCAAGGCAUAUAAACGACCAAUCCCUAGUAUCUAUAACACGGUGCUGCAGGAGCUGAUUGUUCAGCAACAUUUGAUGAGGUACAAGAGUUCAUACCGUUAUGACCCAGUUUUUGCUCUUGGCUUCGUCACUGUAUAUGAGCAACUCAUGGAAGGUUAUCCUAGUGAUGAGGACCGAGAUGCCAUCUUCCAAGCAUAUAUUAAAGCAUUGAAUGAAGAUCCAAACAAAUACAGAGUAGAUGCACAGAAGUUGGAAGAGUGGGCUCGGGCUCAAAAUCCAACUUCCCUGGUUGAGUUUUCAUCCAGAGAAGGAGAACUUGAGGGGAUUUUAAAGGAUAUUGCAGAAAGAGCAGGAGGAAAGGGUGAUUUCAGUUAUAGUCGUUUUUUUGCAAUAGGCCUCUUUCGUCUUCUUGAGUUGGCAAAUGCAAUGGAACCAACAAUAUUGGAAAAGCUUUGUGCGGCUUUGAAUGUCAACAAAAGAAGUGUGGAUCGUGACCUGGACGUGUAUCGUAAUCUGCUCUCUAAGUUGGUUCAAGCUAAAGAGCUGCUAAAGGAAUAUGUUGACAGAGAGAAGAAGAAAAGAGAAGAAAGGGCUGAACCACAAAAGGCUAACGAGGCCAUUACGAAACAACUGCAAUUUUCUGGCCUGUAAUUAUGGGGGUUCUUCUGAAACGAUCACCCAGUGAAGAUUUUGUAUUCUUGACUUGCUUUUUGUUGAAAAUCAGGGUCGGGCACUUUUAUCAUCUUGGUUUUCAUACUGUAUUUAGUAUAUCUUCUGUCAUGGUGAUCCAGCUAAAUCCUUGUUUCAGUUCAACCACAAUUAAUUCACCCGUCCUGCACAAUCUUAUGUGACAUUUUCUUGCAUGUAUUUUUCCUCCCUCACACAGUUGAAGAUGUAUUUUGUAGUUCUCAAAUGCAUGCCUGAAGGCAUAUAUUAUGGUAACUGAAAUUCUUCAUAUUUCAGUUCAUCUG